AUGUGGUGUUUGUUAAUAAAUGAUUACAAGUCAAUUAAUUAUAUUCUUCCAUGCAUUGUUUCUUCCAGAGAGUUUAUGUCAUCCCAAGCAAAAGCAGUUAUUAAAACUACUGAUGAUUAUUUGCAGCCUCAGUUUGGCCCCAACAGACUUGUGCAUUCAGCAGCAGUACCAGAAGGGUCAGGACUUCAAGAUUACUCCACACAUCAAACAGCAUCAGAUCACAGCCAUGAUGAAAUAUCAGACCUAGAUAGCUACAAAUCAAACAGUAAAAAGAAUUCUUGUUUUAUAUCAGCAUCCAAGAGAAACAGACCUGUCAGUGCUCCAGUGGGUCAACUGAGGGUUGCAGAGUUCUCUUCUUUAAAAUUUCAGUCAGCCUGGAAUUGGCAGAGAUUGUCUCAAAGACACAAACUUCAACCAAGAGUGAUUAAAGUAACAGCUUACAAAAAUGGAUCUAGAACAGUCUUUGCCAAAGUUACUGUACCAACCAUCACCUUGCUGCUGGAACAGUGCACAGAAAAGCUGAAUCUGAACAUGGCCGCAAGACGAGUGUUCUUGGCAGACGGCAAGGAAGCCCUCAAACCUGAAGAUAUACCCCAUGAAGCCGAUGUUUAUGUUUCAACGGGAGAGCCCUUUUUAAAUCCACUCAAAAAAAUUAAAGACCAUCUGUUGUUAAUGAAGAAAGUAACUUGGACAAUGAAUGGGUUGAUGCUUCCUACUGAUGUCAAAAGACGGAAAACCAAGCCUGUUCUUUCUAUUAGAAUGAAGAAACUUACUGAGAGGACCUCAGUCCGAAUUCUGUUCUUUAAGAAUGGCAUGGGGCAGGAUGGGCAUGUGAUUACAGUGGGAAAAGAAACAAUGAAAAAGGUUUUAGAUACUUGUACAAUGAGAAUGAAUCUAAAUUUACCAGCCAGAUAUUUUUAUGAUUUGUAUGGCAGAAAAAUUGAAGAUAUUUCAAAAGAUUUCAAAUCUCCUGUAGAUACCUACCCGUUAUCUAGAAGGAUUAGCCAGAUGGCUUCUGGAUGCCUGACUGGAGCUGGAAUGUCUCCAGCAGCUACCGUCUGGGCUCCUAGAGUGGGUGUCAUCCCUUAG